UUUCAUUAUCUGUGUUCUGCUCAGGCCAUCCAGGUUCUGCAAGUGAUUUGAAGAUGCAUAAAAAUAGAUUGCAGGAGCUUUGCCACAAGCGAAUGUGGACGUUGCCCGCUUACACAAAUACCCGCGAUGGUCCCGAUCACAAUCCCAUAUUCGGUGCCUCCGUCGUCGUUAAUGGACAAACCUUCGACGCCCCAAACCUCUCCAAAUCUGUCAAAGAGGCUCAAAACAAGGCCGCCGAAGUAGCCCUAGACUACCUUUCCGCCAUUCCCCUCGCCUCCGUUACUCCCGCCCAGGCAGCUGGAGAUGAUCCGCCUCCGGCCGCCAAUGCCCAAUUUUCAUAUAAGAGUCAGCUACAACAUUAUGCACAAAAGAGAAAUAUUGGUGUGCUAAAAUAUGACUCAGUUCGCGAGGGUUCUGCUCAUGCACUUCGAUUUAAGGCAAGGGUUACAAUUAAUGGACAAACAUUUGAGAGUUCACAGUACUUCAGCACGUUAAGAGAAGCUGAACAUUCUGCUGCAAGGGUUGCUUUAACGUCUUUGCCUCUUGAAGAGAAUCGUCAGGAUGAACCAAAUUUUUACAAGAAUCUUUUACAACAAUUGGUUCAGAAAGAAGGUCGAUCUUUGCCAAUAUAUAAUACGCAGUGUGAUGGUGAAUCUCAUAUGCCUGUGUUCACAAGCACUGUAGUAGUAGAUGGUGAAAGUUUCGUAGGAGAUGUUGCAAGGACAAAAAAACAGGCAGAGAUGAAUGCUGCCAAAGUUGCCUUGAAUCAUCUUAAAGGACGAAUUAACGCCCAUUCUAUGGAAGUGACUCGUGGAAAAGCGAAUAAUAACCUGAAACAGCCAAAAAUUCAUACUGCACGACCCUUAUCCAUACUGACUAAGGAAAGGAAUCAGAUUGCUGAAGGAAAUGAUGCUUGCCUGGAAAAAGUAACCAAGCCUGUCACUGGCCUUUCCCUGAAUUACCAAGUAAAUCAUAAUGAUUCUCCUUUUUCUCGUGCAAAUCAAUUGGUAGGCGUCAAUGUGAUAAAUCAACCGUGUCUUACUUCAAUUCCAACCUCAACUCUGAAGAUUAAGGAAGAUCAUCAAGUUAAAGGUGAUACCAAUCUCUUGGAGCAGCAAAAAGAUCUGUCAGUUCCAAUCUCAAAUAUGAAGAUAAAAGAAGAGAGGCAAGCAAAUGGCAAAUUUGAAGAUAAUGAAGUUGUCGUGAAUACAACAUAUCACAAACUUUUGACCAAUACGAGUAUAAUUAUGAAUGAACCUAAUGAUGUCAUCCUUCCCUUUGACUAUGCUGAUAAACUCGACCUCUCUAAUCUGAAGCUGGAUUCUAGUGGAAGUACAGCUAAGAAUAAAACUGCAGUUGUGAAUGUGAAUAAUCGUCAUGAUGAAAUCUUUUCCAACGACCAUGUUGAUCAGAUAAACUUCCCUUUUUCGAAGCUUGAUUUUGAUGGAAAGACCAAACAAGAAGAAAGCAAAGAUGUUUCCACUGAAGAAAGCAAAGAUGCUGAUGUCCUCAAGAUUGCUGAUUCUCCCUCUUUGCUUUGUAACAGAGUUUUGGUGUAUCCUCGCAAACCUGACAUGGUUUUGCCUGCUGGAGCUACCCUAAUGCCAUUUAGUGAUAGUGCAUGGGUAGCUGUGAACUUGGAUUUCUCCGAUCGUGAAGAUAAUCUACCAACUAUUUUAUGAGUCAUUUCUGUGAUACGGGGAUCUCUCAAGCAUUAGGCAAUACACUUUAUUUUGUCCUGCUGGAGCAUGGAGGAAAUUAUUUUUGGAUUUUGGUACUCUUCUCAAACCCAUGGAAACUAGUUAUGUACUGAAUAUUCAUGCUGAUGUAGAACGAACAUGCGAAGAUGAAUUACUUUAAGGAAUUUGCACACUUAA